CAAAUUAUAAUUGGCUUAAGCAGUUAUCAGCUAUCUCAUGUUGUUGCUGUAUAAGUACAACAUUGUAAUAACGUGUGCCCAGUAUAAAUAAGUCUAAAACUACAAUUAAAAUAAUUGAAAACAAUAUACUUGCUUCAAAAUGCAGCUGUCGGAAGUUACGGUGUUUGUAGGCUUUUUUUCGUUAAUGUUCUUCGAUUUAAUAAAGGCACAAUGGAAUACAAACGAAUAUAUGAAGAGGGAGCAUUCGUUAAUAAAACCAUAUCAAGGAUCAGGAACAGGUAUACUUCAUUGGGAUUUUAUUGGGAGCACAAUGGUCACUAACAAUUAUAUUAGGUUAACUCCGGACCUUCAGUCAAAGUCGGGGGCAAUCUGGAAUUCUGUACCAGUUUCUGUUAGAAAUUGGGAUUUGCAAGUCCAAUUUAAAGUUCACGGUAAAGGAAAAGAUCUUUUUGGAGAUGGCUUUGCAGUCUGGUACUCUAAAGAUAGAAUGCAACCAGGAAUAGUUUUUGGUAGCACAGAUUUGUUCCAUGGGCUAGCAGUUAUAUUAGACACAUACAGCAAUCACAAUGGACCACAUAAUCACCAGCAUCCUUACAUAUCAGCAAUGAUAAAUAAUGGAACUUUACAUUAUGAUCAUGACCGUGAUGGUACCCAUACCCAGUUAGCUGGAUGUGAAGCCAAGUUUAGGAAUGUGGAUUAUGAUACAUAUAUUUCUGUAAAGUAUGAGCAUGAUGUACUAACAGUUAAAUAA